AUGGUCCCCGCCUCCCAUGAGAUAAGAGCGUUGGAGCGGUACCGGCUCCCGAUCAGAGGAUGUGUGCGACGGUAUUUCUUUUCUUUUUUCUUCCUUUUAAGAGCCACGCAACCAUGCCUAUCCAUCAUCAUCACCAGACACCCCUCAAGGCGAAACCCUUCACGCAUAUCGACCAAGCCCGUAGCAGCUUACCGUAACAUCACCGGGGGGUUCAUGGUCAUCGGGGCUGCCCAGCACCACCCUCAACUCCUCCGCCGAUCCAGUCAAGAAACGAGGCCAGCGACGGUAUCUCGCGCUGUCUGUUGUGGUUCUCGUUCGCAGGUGCGCCUUGGUGUCUCGUCUCUGGCAUCCGUCUCGUCUUGGCUUGUCAAGAAUCCACUGCGCGCGUUAAGCGCGAGGGUAAAGUGUUGGAACCACCAGGGAAAGAGGAGGGGGAGAGAGCCUUGUCGCAGAUGA